AGCUUUCUCCAUUGACAUACAGAAGAAUAUAUGCCAAUUCUGCCACAAGUCACAAGAAAAAUGAUAUUCAUCCAGCAUUCCUGAAUAAUAAGAAUGGGUCCAGAUGUACCUCUGCUGAAUGAUUACAAACAGGAAUUCUUCUUGAAGCGCUUUCCACAGACUGUGCUGGGAGGUCCCCGUUUUAAAUUAGGCUAUUGUGCCCCUCCUUACAUAUACGUGAAUCAGAUCAUUCUUUUCUUGACGCCAUGGGUUUUGGGAGGAGUAGGAACACUUUUGUACCAAUUAGGCAUUAUGAAAGACUAUUAUACUGCAGCACUUUCAGGAGGACUGAUGUUUGUUACUGCACUUAUUCUUCAGAUGACAAAUCUAUAUGCAAAACAGAAAACAGUAAGAGUAGAAAGAAUGCAAAUUCAGAAUACCCUAACAGAUGAAGAUGAGUUUGAAUUUUCCAGCUGUAUAGGUUCAGAGACAGUAAAAUUUAUUAUUCCUGGCAAGAAGUAUAUAAUCAACACUGUAUUUCAUUCCCUUCUGGCAGGGGUAUUGUGUGGGUUGGGAACUUGGUAUUUGCUGCCAAACAGAAUAACCUUGCUGUAUAGCAACAUUGGAGGAACUGUUAUCAUCUUUGUAUUUGGAUGGGUGACUAUAUGUAUAGGAGAGUAUUCGUUAAUCAUAAAUACAGCUACGGAAACAGCUGCUUUCCAAGCACUGGAUACUUACGAAAUCACUGCCCUGAUGAGACCUUUCUAUAUUUUUGUCUUUAUUGCAGUGGAUCUUGCACACAGGUUUGCUGUGAACACAGCCAUUCUAGAACAGACAAACCAGAUUUUGCACAUCAUAUUUCUUUUUCUGCCGUUCAUAUGGGCAAUGGGAAUUCUGCCCCCGCUUGACGCACUUUUUCUGUGGGGAAUGGAACAACUGUUGGAGUUUGGACUAGGAGGUUCACCUAUGUCAAGUAACACAAAGUUAUUAGUAAUGUUUCUCAUUUCUGCUGGAACAGCAAUAGCAUCGUAUUUCAUUCCCAGCACUCUCGGUGUGAUCCUCUUCAUGACUGGAUUUGGGUUCAUACUGAGUCUUAACCUAAGCGAGAUUGGGUUUGCCUUCCAACACACCAUGAUCAGCCAUUUAGCCUCCAGCAAAUCCAAAAAUAUGCACAGAGGUCUUAGAAUGCAAUUUGGGUGGAGGGAAUUUAUUUUUUAUUUGACUGUGUUGACAUUUGCUCUCAUAGAAGCUAGCCUGCUGCAUCAAUUUGCAGGCUUUUCAUCAUUUUCCAAAGCCAGUCCUCAGGCUAUAGCGAGUUACAUCCUGAUCAUAUUACUUAUAAUUAUGUGGAUUCUUAGAGAGAUUCAGAGAGUGUACUUGUUUGGAGUCUUCCGAAACCCCUUUUAUCCAAAGGAUGUCAGGACUGUGACUGUGUUCAUGGAGAAGCAAAGAAGGCUAAUGAAAGUUGGUGUUGUCAGGAGGAUUUUACUAACACUAGUGUCUCCGUUUGCUAUGAUAGCAUUCCUGUCACUGGACCGUUCACUACAAAAUCUUCAUUCUGUGUCUGUUUGCAUUGGAUUCACAAGAAUAUUUAGGAUGGUCUGGCAGCAUACAGAAAAUGCCCUAAUGGACAUAGUGGUUGUGUCAAUAGCACAAAUAUUUGUGUUUAAUCCAGACCUCUGGUGGAACAGGAGCCUUGAUACAGGAAUCAGACUCUUGCUGGUUGGUAUCCUACGGGAUCGACUGCUUCAGUUUGUCUCAAAGUUGCAGUUUGCCAUAGCUAUUCUUCUGACAUCGUGGACAGAGAAAAAACAACGUCGUAAAUCUACCGCCACCUUGAUCACACUCAAUGUCGUUUUCUUUCCGAUCCUGCUGACCUUCGUUGCCAUCUCUGCACUCCUUUCUUCUCCCUUGCUGCCGCUCUUCACGCUACCAGUAUUUCUGAUCGGAUUUCCUAGGCCUAUCCGAAGCUGGCCAGGACCUGUGGGCGCUGCAGCGUGUGUUUGCUCUGAUACCGUGUAUUACCAGCAGAUGGUUCCAAGUCUGGCUGUGGCUCUGCAGUCUGCACUAGCAGCUGGUAGCCUAGGUCUCUCUCCACCUGGAUCACAUUACUUGUGCCGUUUUCAGGAUAGGCUGAUGUGGAUAUUGGUGCUAGAAAAAGGCUUCACUUACUGUGGUGUUAACAUUAAGGGACUAGAACUGCAGGAAACAUCCUGUCAUGCUGCUGAAGCUCACAGAGUUGAUGAAAUUUUUGAAAUGGCCUUCGAACACCAGGAGCACACGAAGAUUCUCUCUCCUAAUCACCAUUUUGGACACAUUUUGACUCCUUGUACUGUUCUACCUGUGCGGCUGUAUUCUGAUGCCAGAAAUGUGUUAUCUGGAAUAAUUGACUCUCAUGAGAAUUUAAAGCAUCUGAAAGAUGAUUUCAUUAAAGUGCUUGUAUGGAUGCUUGUCCAGUAUUGUUAUAAAAAAUCAAAAACCUUGGAAAGCCCAGUCAGUGCCAACAAGAACAAAAAAGGAUCAUUUCCAGAAAAUCAGCAUGGCACUGCAGUAGAAAGAUCCAGGCCUCUGAGGGAAGAAGAUAGCUUUAGCGUUGAUACAAUUGAGGACUGGACUGACGAUAGUGACAUUUUUGAUCUUGAACCCAGUGGCAGAAUGAAAGACAGAAAAGAACCUGGGCAGUUGGGAACUACACCGAAAGUGCAUCUGUCUAUUCCAGGAUCUGUUGAAACACAGAGCCAAGACAUCCCACCAAAAAUGUCACCAGAAGAUAAAUUAUACAGGGCUGUUGUGCUUGGGCUUCCUGCUGUAGACAAAGGGAAACAGCACAAAGUUUUACCUCAGGUUGAAUUUAGUUGCUGUUACUCAGAGCUAUUGAGCAUCCCUGAAGAAUGGAGAACAGCCCCAGUGCCUACUUCCAAAGUCAACGAAAUGAGGCAGAGGUUUCCGGAAGAAUGGUACCAUUUCAUUUUGAGUCAACUGGACUUUUUUCAUCUGAAAGAAAAGCCUUCCAAUUUACUUGACGACCUUAUGAAGGACAAAGCUUUGAAGGACUUGUACGUCCAUGGUGUAUUGUCGUGUUGUUUUGGUCUCUUUGGACUGGAUAACACCGUGCCUGCCCCGAACCAUGUAUUUAGAGCGUACACUGGUGGUAUUCCGUGGUCUGUUGGGUUGGACUGGCUAACCGGCAAACCAGAGCUAUUCCAACUUGCAUUAAAAGCGUUCAGAUACACUUUUAAACUUAUGGUUGACAAAGCAAGCCUGGGUCCAGUCGAGAACUUCAAAGAGCUGGUUAACUACCUGGAAGAAUAUGAAAACGAGUGGUACAUUGGGCUGGUGUCAGAUCUUGAGUGGCAGCAAGCAGUUCUUCAGGAAAAGCCAUACCUUUUUGCACUGGGCCACGAUCCAAACAUGGGAAUUUACACUGGGCGAGUCCUCACUCUUCAGGAAUUGUUAGUACAAGUGGGAAAACUUAAUGAUGAAGCUGUCCGAGGUCAGUGGGCGAACCUGUCCUGGGAGCUGCUGUAUGCUACAAAUGAUGAUGAAGAACGCUACAGCAUCCAGGCACACCCCGUUCUUCUGCGAAACCUUACUGUGCAAGCUGCUGACCCGCCUCUUGGCUACCCCAUUUAUUCAUCUGAACUUCUGCAUCUGCCUUUGUUCUAGAAUGUCUGUAGCACUUUUUUUUUUUUUUCCCAUUAUUAUUAUUUUAUAUUUUCCAUCUGCCUGUUGGGAAUCAAAUGCCCAUGCUACAUUUAUACACUAGAGAUAAGAUUUUACUCCCAGUGUCGUUGGAUGGCAGCGCCAAGCCAGCGUACGUGAUUUGCACAGAAAUGGUGCUGGCCAGAACCUUCAGCAGGCAGGAAGUUUUGAACUGUUUUCUUGCUGCUGGAACGUGUGAGACACCAUUGCCUGUGUGGCUGACAGGCCAGGAGAUGCUGAAAUUCUCUUCUCCGGUUUAGAGAAGAGCGGCAUAAUUCUGAUCACUAACUACUUUUGGUGCAUUCUGAUUUUUUUAAUAUUUUUUUUUUCUUAUUAAUAGUUAGACAGGUGACUUGCACUGACAGGUUACAGCUCACUGUAGUACCGUCAACCACAAAGUUGGUAACCAAAGUGUACAUAUGACUUAUUUAUAUGAUUUUUUUUUUUUUAUUCUGGCCAUUUUAUAUUGGACUGCAUUCGAUUUUAGCAUUUAUUAUAUUAUAUGACUUUAGCUGAUCUUCCUUAGUUGUAAUAAGUUAUCAGCUGUGCUUUUAACAAACUUGUAAGGGAUGAUUUUUACCAAAGUACUCAUUUGGGGGGCAAAGAGAAUUUAUAUAAAGCAGUGUGCAUUCCGACACGUGAAUAACCUGUGUGACCUACUGAGGAAAGGAAAUGUGUAAUUAGGGGGGGGAAGGAAUUUCAGUCCAAAUGGAUUAAUUUUAUUUCCUUCUUGCAAUAUCCCUGGAUUAUAUAUAUAUAUAUACAUAUAUAUGUUGGUUUUUGCAACCUAUGUCUACAUCACUAAGCAGUCUUCCACAAAUACAGUGAGAGCUUGACAAUGAUGAUGGGGCGGGGGGGGGAUCCAGCUGUCUGUGCCAGAAUUAAUGUGGUGUUUUGUUUUGGUUUGGUUUUUUUUUUUUAGCCUCCCCAGAGGUUAGAGCAGAAUUUGGCAAUUGGUUUGUAAUAUUACAGGUCUCCUUGAAAACAGUUCUGGGUCAUCUCUCCAGUGGCUUGUUUAUCCUGUUCGUUACCACCAGUCAUUAGCACAUAAAUGUGUUUUCUCUGUAGAUCAGUAGUUACAGUGUCCUUACUGCUGGCACGUGCCAAACAGGGUCUAGGUAAUUGUCUUUAACUUGUAGAAUCAAUUUAAAUCACAUCUGCUCUGUAACCGAAUUAGUUCUGGUUUAGAACACCCAGAGUUGUAUAAUUUGGAGCAUGUUCAUUCUUUUACUCCUCACCAUUAAGACGUUUUUGUAUCAGAUAAAAUUUGUCACAGGACUGCGUACUGUGUACUUGGCUACCAUCCGUUUCUUCUGAUCAGUGACCAGAAAUGAUUUUUAAAAAAAAAAAAAAAAUACACAAACCUUGUUGUGGAAUUCAGAGGUGGUAAGGAAACAUCUGUCAAACUCUGUGGUACAACGCUUCAACGUACAGGAUGAAAUGGCUUGGUGUGCGGGCGUGUGAAUCACAAAGUGCUGAUAAUCCAAGAUCACCUUGCUUGGCCACGAACUGUGUCUGGAAAUACAGCGUCGUGGAAACGGGCUUUUGGAGAGCGCCUACUCCAGCUCCCUCUCAAAAGGAACUACUCCUGGCAAAUGUUUUAUCUGAUGUAAAGCUUUCAAUACCAGGGGUACCGUGAACUCGUCAAGUAGUUUGCUCCGGUUUGUUGCUGUUCUUGCAGCAGUUGGAAAGUUUGGGGGCUUUUGUAAAUCUAAUUAAACCUCCCCGCCUCAUUGCAAGCCUCUUACCGCUUGUCUUCUGUAUGGUCACAGAAAAUUUAAUUAUUUUUUUUUUCUUGCAGCAGUCUUUUAUUUGAAGGUGGCUGUAAUGUCUGCCCUAAUUCUUGGCGAAUAAACUAGUUGAAAAAAAACUGAAGAGCGCCGUGAUCCUCUUGCUUUCCUUUGGUUCUCUCCAUCUGGUACCCAGCUGCCUUGAAAAGUGUUGCUGGUAACUGGCCCUGCUGUUCCAGCAGAGAUCUCGAUCGGUACCAGAUGGAGGAACGGAAUUAGCGGUGUGCGGAAUUCCUGCUUGCGCACAGGAACGUGCAGUUGGGCUCAAGCAGGCAGCGCAUCCUGCAGCCCCUUACUUGUCAAUAUACUGAGCCAGUUCACACGUUCCGGUGUGUUUUGCAACAGCGUGACCCCCAGUCACAGUACGGUUUUCUCUAACCUUCUCCCAUUUCUUUUUUUGGCAGAACCACUGGUUCCAGCCUCUUGUGCGGUAUCACAGGUUCGCGCAGCUGAGUGUCCCUGUUAAGCAUGUUCUUUUCUUUGCGUGCUCUUGAACCGUGUCCCCUUUGGUUUGGAGCAUUUCUCUGGUUUAUCAGGAAUUUAGAGCACCUUCAAGCCUGCUCCUGUCUGCAGCUCUCGUGAGCGUGUAACAUACGCUGCUCUCUGGAUUGCCGAUGGGAUGCUAGUACGGGCCUGGCGACCUAGGACGGAGCUUGUGACGGGCCACCACGCCACUUUCCUGUCUGACCACGGAGAACUGCUGUGUGUUUCCUACCCAGCUGCGUGCAUCGGCUCAACUCCAAUUCUUACCAACACCUACUUGCUUCGCAGAUCGCGAUGUUCAUCGGGCAAAGGUAAGCGUAAGACAACUGCAUCGUGGCUUUGGAGAAGGACCUUUAUUUAACAAGCCCAGUUUUAAAGAAUUUUUCAAACAAAGCGUGUGUUUACCCGUCUAGCAGCAACUGUCCUUGGCUCAAGCAAGAGAAGUGAACUCCUCUUUGAGCACAAAGCCUUACGCUUCUUUUGGUAGAGAAAAAAA